CUAUAUACUGGGAAGGUAUAUUUCUUAGCAAUCCGAGAAGACAUCAAGAAAGGGUUAUUCAAGUUGUGUUAUAAAUCACUCAGCCCCGAUUAGAGUUUGUUUAAAUGACCACAAAUUAAAACACAAAGGUUAUAUUCCGAUCGUGUUGUGUCCGUUCCAGACAAUUUGUUAUGCACUUGUGUGCGUGGUUUAUUAUGUUACUUCGAGUGUGUUUAUGGUUCGCGGUUCUUGUCCAUAGUUCCGUUGCUGUCCCAAAAACUUACAAAAACAGUCUUCGAAACUGGAUACGUCAGUGUAAGUAAAUUUAUUGUAGUAAAGUUUGUCUUCGCGUGAUUUUGAUGUGUUUAAUUGAUUACAUUGUAUUGUCGUGUUAAAUAUUAAUUGUUUAAGGUAGGGCAAGUGCACGAGUCUAGCGCUGCAGUAUAUAGAAAAUAAACAAACAUCGUGGAAAAGCUCGUUGUAAAAUUGAAGCAACAGGCUAUAUAAAAAAGACAUUAUUAGACUAUAUUACAAAUUUACAGAAAUAUUUGGAUCAACGCUGAAAUCUGAUCCUUUUUAUAAUACACGUUUGGACUGUAGCGCGUGGAAUGAUCUUUGAUCUUCUUUGCUAUAGUUACUGCAAGCUUUACUCCUGUAGGUUGGGAAAAUUGUAUUUGAUAUAGAGCGCUUUCAACGGGGGUAAAGAACUUUAGAGUUAAAGAAGUAGGACAUUUUGAAAUUACAUAUAAGUUUUAUACUUGUAAUCAGUGUGACCAAACGACAAUGUUCUUGUGCACUAUUACAACAUAUUGAAUAGGACAAGCCUUAAUUUACAUUUCUGAAGAGCGUUCGGAAAUGGAACUGUAUGAGAGUCAGUGCUAAUAAACUGCGUUUGUAUUCACAUUUUGUCACUGUCUUGUUGUUGAAAUUCCUGACUCUGUUAUUGUUAAUUAAACAUGCCGAAAGUGAAACAAGUGCAUAUACACAGUUUUCAUAAUAUUCUUCAAUGAGGCGGUAAAUAUUGUCGCAUGUGAAUUCGAAGAGUUUCUUACAUUUUCUUCUCAUUCCUACACAAUGGUAAACAGGCUAUGGUUUUUUUGAGGGAUUAACAACUGGCAGUAUUUAUUUGCGUGUUCGACAGUCGACAUGCAUGCAUUUAUUUAUUUUGCCACAAUAUUUACAAAAGACAUUUACAAUUACAUAACGCAACAAUAUUAACAAAAACAACUAUAGUCGAGAGAAAAUAAUUGUGAAAAUAAUUUGUGAAAACGAGUGAAACUCAAGGCAUACGUGACUUAUUCAAAAAUGUAAAUUGUGUCGCAGCAGAUAAAAACAAGUUUCGUUGCUGCAGGUGGUUAAGUAAAUAAAUUGGUGCAAAUUAGUAACCAUAUAAGCGAAGUCGUAAACGCAUCUUUUUGACGUUCAAUCAAUCAAUAGUUCUCUAGAGUCGUAAAAACAAAAACAUUUGCGAAAUGCGAAGAAAUAGAGAAUAAUACAUGGGUGCGCGGAAAUACCAGAUUUAUUUCGAGUGUUGAACAUGAUAUCUCACGAGUGAGCGCAGCGAACGAGUGAGAUAUCGUGUUCAACACGAGAAAUCAAUCUGGUAUUUCCAAGCACCCGUGCAUUUUUCUGUUUAUUAUAUAAACAAAAUUCAGUGAAAACCAAUAAAACGUCCGUGGCAAUGCGUUUUACAACAAAUGAUAUUUUCACACGUAAAAAUAUCGUAUUUUUUACGUGUGUUUAAAUACGAUUUUUCUCAGUGGCCAAAAACUCUAUAUAACACUUAUAUGUUUAUAUAAUAAAUAAAUAUAUGUGUGUUUGUGCAAGCCAGCUGGGACAAAUGUGGUUGAAUAAUGAAUACACUUGGACUUUGGAAUUCAAUACGGUUAAAAGCCAUACUGUGUUAUUACUUAUUUGCUCAAGCAACGACACAACGGUGUAUCUUAAUAAUGUAUUGUUUAUUACUUAAAUUUGAGUAUAAUUUUACAAGAGAUAAACGAGAAGUAUAUUAUCUGGACUAUCUGUUGUUUUUAUCAUCGACGUUUUCCUUAAGUGAGCUUUAUUUAUACUUUGUGUAUCUCAGUUCUACCGCGGUAGCUAUAAGCGGGUAGAAAGCUGAAGCCGUGCAUGUAGAUUUGCAUUGUACUUGCUCAAUAAAAUGCGAUAUUUAAGCCUAGUGGCCAUUUGGUCGUUAGUUGUCGCUGACACGACAAGCGGUAGAUGUGAAAUAGUCUAAUAUAAUAAUAGUCUUUGUGUGUGUUAUAUGCAAAUCAGUCUUAAUGAUUGCAGAGUUUUGUAAAGUUUUGUUGACACUCUAUUACAUCAGCCACUUGUCGUGCCAGCGACAACUAACGACCAAAUAGAAACUAGGCUUAAGCCAUAACACAAAAUUAUACAUGCAUGUAGCUAUAUGCAGAGUUUAGGCUUACAAAAUUUGGCCUUGUUAUAAUUAAUUCCAUGCCCCGACCAUGACGGCAUGGUAAUGAGAGCUAUGCUGAGAUACUUCUGUAUUGAUACCAUGAUACCAAACAAAAACAACAAAAACAACAAAAAUGAAAGUGCAUGAGAAUGAUUUUGAAACAAAUAACACUUAUACAGGUGUGGUUUACCUAAUAUAUUUAAAUGGUUAAAUAUAAUAGGUAAACCACACCUGUAUAAUUGUUAUUUGUUUCAAAAUCAUUCUCAUGCACUUUCAUUUUUGUUGUUUUUGUUUCUUAAAUUAUCCUGUAAAAUUGACUCAAGAAAUUCUAAAGAAAAUUAAUUUAGAUACAAAAUUUAUAGAAAAAGUUCCGUUGUGAAAUAUCAGAUAUUGACAUAUUGACAUCGCCCACAUGACAUGAGAUGACAUAAGAAAGAUUGAUAAUUAUGGAUCCAAUAUUUUACAAAGCAGAUGGUUCUAUGGUUGAGAGGUUUCCCAAGAAACGACAUCAUUUAAGUUUUUUAUAAGUACUGAUAACGUCAACGAAAACCUGUUUUUGUGUUUUGUGUAUCAGCAUUGAAUAUAUACGAUGACAAACAACUAAUUUUCAAAUUCAGUAGACUAAUUCUUUCAAAAAAUAUUGCUAUUGGAACUUUAAUCCGCCUCGUUUUGCACAUUUUUUUCCCUCUUACUCUCUGUAUACUUCAGCUUGUUUGAUAAUUUAUACGUAAUAUCAAAUAAUAUAGAUGGCGGGUGAUGCCGACAGCCGUUCUUAUAUUUGAAAUCACGAACGUGAAACUGCAUUGACUGCCGUCUACCGUUCUUCAUUUCAAGCAGGAACUGCAUGCUGUCGCGCCAUCACUCGCCGUGCAUCUCACUAUAGCCUGUUUUCCACUAGGCGGAAUUUUGCGCGCGGAGCGGAAUUUUUCUUUGUCUUUUCUAAUUAGUUCCACCCGAGAAAUCACAAGACAAAGAAAAAUUCCGCUAGCUCCGCGCGCAAAAUUCCGCCUAGUGAAAAACCGGCUUAUGACAGCUCGAUUGUCUUCCGAUUGGCGUACGUACGUGUUCAAAAACGUGACUUGCUUAAGCUCUCUAUAGAACUAUAUUCCGACGAUGACGCAAAUUCUAAUCAAACCAGUAUAAUGGCUGAACAUGUUUUCCACAAUACUAAAGUAAUUGAUAAAUCUAACCAUUGGUCCUUUUUGCUGUAUCAAGAAUCCCUCGCUAUUCAAAGAUAUAAAUUUACCUGAACUUUAUAAUCAUGAACUUAAAGCUUCCAAAGAACUAAUCAUAUUUAAUUAAUUCAUUAAUAGUCAACCUAAUGAUUGUAUCAUAUUUCUUCAUAUAAAUACGUCUACGACCAUACCACCAGGAAAACACUGUUUUUGAUGUAUAUAACCUAUAGGUAGUUUAUCCUGAUGAUGACUGAAAUAUAGUCGAAACGUAGAUAAAUAAGAAUGUUAUCGAUUUUUGGAGUUUCACUUGUUUUCAUAUUUUGUUAAAAUACUCAGUGGUUCUAAAAAUUCUUAAGCUCUCUAAUGUAGUAAUGCAAUAUUUCAUCGUUAAUUUUGUUCCUAUAUUUUGCUGGGGUAUUGGUAUGAAGUUCACGUCUUGAAGGCUUUUUUCGCUGUACAGCUGACCGGCACUUCUUUUUGGCCUAUUAUUGAGGCACCAUGCACUUCUUAGAUUAAAAAUAUAUUAAUAGUUAGUUUUGUUUUGUUCUAAACUAUAAAGCCUUUCGGGUCUACUGUGUUUAGGUAACUGUUCGUGUUUAAGAGAAAUACCAGGCGCAAAAAAACAUGUUUGGCCACAAUGCAUAACGAAGGAGGCAUUUACAAUGGAUAAGCAAGGCGAUCUUCAAAACAAUUCACAUUUGAGUACAAUGCCAAUGAAACCACACUUUUUAGUAAGUAUUGUUAUAUAUUUCUAAUCCAUGGUUGAAAAAGUAUUAAAAAUAACGAAGGCAUAUAAAAAUGUUUACCCAUUAACAAUUGACACCUUCCCCUUGACAAACAAGUCUUCCGAAGUUAAAAAGACGCGGUAAAAUAACAAAGUAUAAGGCUGCGUCCAGACUGGGUGCCCGACACUGGUGCCACCGUGCCCAUCACUUAUUUUGGCGCCUAGUUUGAACACGACGCUUCCAAAUGAAGUUGGGCACAGUGCCCAAGAAAGGCCACUACUUCUAGAGGUAGUACUCAACAACGGCACUGUGCUCAACAUGUUUUGUGAACCAUUUUGAACAUUGGGCACCAGUGCCGGUAUUAGGGUGCAUGCAUAUAGUAUAAAUUUUUUAGUUAAAUCUAUUCCACUCUUUAGGUCAGUGUGAUAGCAGAAAAUUUUCAGACGUCUUUCAAUACAGUUGGUGUAAUAAACGUCAAAUAAUACUCACUGCAUGAUAUUAUAAUUAUUUCCUUAAUCUGUAGUGUCAAGAAAAUCUAGUAAAGAGAAAGAAGUUGAACAAUUAUGUAUUGCUAAACCUUAGCUGCAAUGGAGAACGCUUAUACGUAAUUUAUAAACAACGUCCCAGUAAGUAGAACCUUACUAUAAUAUUUAUACAAGUAUCUUUUCUCAUUUGCGUAAGGGGAAGCCGCCCCCGUUGCCCUUUACCAGGAGGGGUAAAGGUGCCUUUUCAAUUUAAAGGAUUGCCUUGGCGAAAUAGCGAAUUGUCAGAAAUGUUAGUGCAAUUCUUUUACGAAUUUGCUUCAGAAAACGCAAGAAAUGCAGUCAUCGAGCUUCAAGAAUAGCAGUUAUAGCACAAUCGCCUGGCGGAGAACCCCCUCACACCCCUAUCAUCCAAUAAAUAGAAAACAUGAUUAGGCGAAGUUCAACUCCCAAUGUUUUGUAAACAUCUCUUAGUAUAUAUCAAUUCAAAAGUGCCCUUUCAUGAAAAUCUGCCCCCCCUUGCCUUCACAUCGUUCCGGCGUCCCUGUGUAUAUUUGCAUUAGGAAAGCAAAAGUAUUUUAAAAGUGUUUCCUCGCUCAAAAAAGUAUGUUAAAAAUAAAAAUAUUUUCGUAAAAAUAUGCGAUUAUAUACGACUUUACCCACGACACACAUUUUACUCACGACAUUUUACUCACGACAUGAAGGGACACUCGUAUGGAGUAAACAACUUUAGGUGUUGGUUUAGUGGAAGCAUGUAUCCCAUAAUACAUUGCGUACGGACGCGUGCUGUGACAUAAUGCUUGCGAGACUUAUUACGCUCAUGAGCGUAAUAAGUCUCGGAAGCAUUAUGUCACUGCACGCGUCCGUACGCAUGCAAUGUAUUAUUAGACAGAUUAGGGAGCUUUAGAUUUGACUACGAGUACGACUACGAGUACGAGAUUUGAUCGCGUGCGAGGAAAUUACCGUAGUCGUUUUCGUUUCCAUUCAAAUGUUGCUUUUAUAACAGUAAACCAACAACGGAGAGAAAAAGUUUCAUAAACUAAAUCUCCUGCAGACUAAAAUCCCCUACAAAACGUGUAAAUAAAUCAUAACAUUAAAAACAGGCCAGAUAUUUAGUACUAAUAUAUUAUUUGCGCCGGAUAAACGCUAUAUAAAUGCUACAAAUUAUUUUUGGAAAACAAAAAAAAAGCCAACUUUCUUUGUUUUUUGAAAAUUCGUCGUGAGGACUACGAGGUUUCUCCACAAUUUCGUACUCAGAUGGGCGACGGCUACCACUUUUUCGCGUCAGUACGGGAUGGCGUAAGCAUACAGCAUGCGUUUUCGCUUGACGAAUCUCGUACUCGUAGUCGUACUCGUAGUCAAAUCUAAAGCUCCCUAUUUAGAUCGAGGACGCGGACGUCAAAGACGACGUGAAAAUGGCGUCAAAAUGGCCUGGCAUAUCCAUACAUGGGCACAACACGCCAUUUUCACGUCGUCUUUGACGUCCGCGUCCUCGAUCUAAAUUUGUCUAUUGCAUACAUGCUUACACGCAUGUUUUCAAGGGUCAUGCGUGCUCACGCCGGAUCGAUGCAUGUGAGUCGCGUUUUAGGGGGAGUUACUAUAUUUAGACUUUUAGGCUUAGGAUUAGGGUAUGGAUCAAAGAAAGGGCUAGGAUUAGGGUUAGGAUUAAGAUGAGGAUUGGAGUAAGGGUUAGGGUUAGGUUUAGGGCCAAUUAUAGGAGUAGGGUUAAGUUUAAAAUACAAAAGCAUACAAAAUUACAAAGGUCUAAAAAUAAAAGUAACUCGCCCUGAAACGUGACAAGUAUAUGUUUGACUGCCAUGAUAUCAUGCUCGCAAGUCAGGCUCUGUACUUCCGCUUCCCUCUCAAACACGCCCCAUCCAUUUGGGAGGGAAGCCAGAAGUAGAUCUAGAGAGCCUGGCUUACUUGUAAUUUUAAUUAUAAUAGUUAAGAAGUACUGUGGCAAAUUUCUCAGACUAUCAUUCAAAACCAAAAACGAACUCCAUGAAGAGAAGUUUCAGGUUAGCUCUAAGAUCUGGAAUCAGCGUCUAAAUGAUAAAUUGUAAAUAUUAUAAUUUCAAUCUUUUACUUGUAACUAUUACACGGUCCAAUAUAUGAAAAUCAAUGUCAAUUGACAGGUAAUUACCGUCCGUGUAUAAAGAUAAUUUUAAAAUUUGGCAAAGUCACCUAUAUACAGACGAGCAAAUAAAACUUGUCAAAUGAAAACGUCAUAAAAAAAUUGCCGUCGUCUGUAACCUGCGUAACUCUUAAGACAAAGACAUUUUAUCUCGCGAUUCAGUUGGAUGUCCAGUUGAAAUAACGAACUGCAUUACCGCUUUUCGUAUAUCUGAAGCUAAAUGAAACUAAUAUAUCGAGAGAAAUGCAAAAUGAGCCCUGGUAAUAAAAUAAAGAUUUUGAAAAGAACAAUUAUACUAAUACUGUAUAUAGUCAUACAUGUCUAGUUUUGAAGUAAAAUAUUUAACAUAUUUUCCAUAUUAUUCUUCGUUUAGGACAUAUUUAGAUUUGUACGUUCGCACAUAAAUGACGUCAUUUGCAUUGCAAUUAUGACGUCGUAUCGCGUAUCAGGGCGGCUAUUUCGGAAACGAAAUGUCAUGAUUAUGCAGUUUUAAAUUGGUGAUAAUUGAGUGUUUAUGCUAAUUGACCUGUAUUUAAAGUUGUUACGCGGUUUUAGAUGAUAAACCAAAAAACUAUCUUCUCAGAUUUUUCAGAAUUCGUCAAGCUGGACUAUAUUUAGUCCUGUGUUUAUAAUCUUAUAUUUUAGCCAGGUUCAGUGGAGCUUUACGCAACACAUCAACGUUGGGAACUGAUAGAGUACCUACGACUCUUCCCACAAAACAAGUAAGAAUACGAUAUUAUGAUUUUAUAUUUUUACUUUAUAGUUGAUUUGUUUAUAUCACUGGAAAAAAUUUUGAAAAUCCAUAUAUAAGGUCAUCGAAUAGAAAUUGUAUGGAACUUUAUUGGAAAUAGAAUGGAUUUUGAUAAUCCAUAAUAAUUGUAUAUUUCCAUACUAUGGAUAUAGUAUCGAAAUAGCAUGGAUAUACUAUGGAUUGAGUGGUUUAAUUGUAAAUUUCAUAGUACGGAUUUCACAUUUUUUCCCCAGUGUAGCGUGCAUGCGUUCAAAUAUAUACAUUUGUUUAUACAUGUUGCAUAGACAAAAUUCAACAACAUACAUAAUAUGAUUGCAGGUUGUAUAUACUAGUUUAUAACAUGUGAGAAUAUAUAAAAUUAAGCGUAUAGUCUAUAGAACUAUAAAGCGAGUUGGCAUGAGAUGAGAGUUGGCAUGCCACGCAUUGUUAUAGGAAGGGAAACAAACACGAAAGGGCCAACCCUUAAAACCGUCACUAUGUAAACGCAACAAAGUAUAUAUAGGGCUAUAUAUGGGGCAUCGGUGGCGAAGUGGUUAGCACACUUUCCUUUUACUUCCAAGGUCGCAGGUUCAAAUCCUAGUUAGAACUUUCCCAAUAUGCGACUCAAGCCCAGUCCUCGUGCGAAAAGAGUAAAAAGUCAAUGCUCUGCCGAAAGUCGUGGGCAUUCCAAGUACUCCGGUUUCCUCCCACAGGGAAAGCUGACAGGGUGGGCUAGGUAAAAAGGGCCCACAGUAAUAUACAUGCCCUGCCCUAGUUGGAAAGGCUAAAUGAACAAACAAAUAAACAUAGCAUGCUUUUACUCGAAUAUAAAAAUGUUAUAUAGCAUUUCUAAUAAUAAGUUCUUUGCAUAUUUGCAUGGCGAUAAAACAUAUAAUAGUUUGUUUGUGGAAACACCACGUAAAUUUAUUACUGCAAUACAUAAAUUUACGUGGUAUUUAUAUUAUGCAGUAAUAAAUUUACGUGGUGUUUCCACAAACAAUUAUAUAGCAUUUCUAAUGUUAUGUGCUGCAAUGCGCUGCUGCAUGGGGAAAUGAGGAAGAAUUUUUGUACUCAAAAACUCCACAUUCAUAGGGUGAAAUUUAAAACAAAAACAAUCCGCAUUCUUUGCGUUGUUUUUAAACAUUCCGCAACUAUGACAUCUUCGGAAACAAAAACUUCCUCCUUCGAAUUCCGCCUUCAUCUCGCGAUAUAAAUACUCGGCCGCGACACAAUUUUCACAAUUACACAAUUUUUCUUUCGUAUUUAGGCGGAAACGAAGCAAGGUAAGAGUGAAUCACCAAACAGAUUAGUUAUCGCACUAAGCGGCAUCGGUCUUGGCUUAAUGGUUGCCAUUAUUAUUUGUUGGACUUGGAUACGCUGUCGAAGAAGAAGACUAAAAAAGUAAGCAUUGAAAAGUUAGGACCCCUUCCACAUGCAGGGAUUCCUUCGAAGGUCUCCAUAUGUACGUUUAACUUCUCUACAAGUGGUCAAAGAAAAUCCAUAGCUUAAUUUAGGGACCGAUCAUUAUUUAUGGCCGGGGGGGCCAAGAGAAAAUGGGUGGGUAAACAAAAUUUUAUGGGUGGAAAUGGGUGGGUUGAAUAAAAAUUCACGAAGCCAAGGGGUGGGUAUAAAGUAAAAAUUAUUAAGUCGGAAAAUACUAAAAUAUUUGUAUUAUUUGUUCAUUAAGAUCGAAUAAAUAUCAUUUACUUUAUAUAUCGAUUUGCAAAGUAUUCCAUUUGAACCUGCCAUAACAGUCAUGAUAAAGUGACAGAGUUCAUACAACUUUUUUGUUCUCUCAAAACUCAAUAUGCGGCUCCAUACGUUCUCUGAAAUCUACAUAUGCAGGAAGUUUUAUAUUUGACUUCCACAGGAAAUUUUUAUUUUUGGAUUUUGCUGCCAGGAAUUAACAGAAAUAUAUUUUCUAGGCCUAACAUUCAUAUUGUAAUUUUUGCUAUAGAAAAGCUGAUGAAAAACUCGAUGAAAAAGAACAAAAUCUAGAAUUUGGUGAGAUAGACGGUAAGGGCACGUGGUGACGUUGCUUUCUAAAAACAGCCCUCUGUUAUAAAAUAUUUUGUCUUUUCUUAAUUUAUGUCAGUUUCUUUUUCAUUUGAUACCCUAUUUUCUAUAGAGGAAGAAGACAGUGCACCAUAUCGUAUCGUGGAUCUCCAGACAAAUAUUUCUUGUGACGCCUCAGGCUACACUUUCCUGGAAGCACGAAAACAAGAUGAAGAACAGCCGUACAUGAAAUUACAACCGAAAUGUAGAAGGGUUCAGAACAAGGUAUGAGAAUGC